CUCUACGCAAAUAUGGCGCCACACGCUGAAACGCUGUCACCGAUAACCUUACAUUUUCAGUUUAUUUAAACCAGACCCGCAAAUAUUCUUCAGAGCAACAUGCAGGCUGCAAUGGAAAUUACGGCAAAAUAUUGCCAUAAAGAAAUGGAAGAGUAUGGGUCAUGUGUGGCUUCUCAUCCAUCAACAUGGCAGCAUCAGUGUCAUGCGCUUAAGAUGAAGGUCGCAGAGUGCACUUCUUCACACCCAGUGAUCCAGAAGAUCCGGUCUAGUUGUUCCAAGGAGUUUAUGGAAUUUGACCAGUGCCUCCGAAUAAACCAGGCCAAACCUGACUCCUGCUCACCACAUGUAACACGCUUUCUCUGUUGUGCAGAGACAGUGGACCUCUCUGAAGUGGCUACGGAUCCAGUCCCUCAGCCCUCAUAGAAUCCAGUGACCACCCACAAAUCUCCGGGCAGAGCUAUCUCAAUAGCAGCACUACAGAUGGAUUUGUCAACCAGUUUAUGUACAGUUACAUUUUUUUGACUUCUUGUCCUUAUGAACGGAGACAAGAUUAACACCUUGCUACCGACUCAUACGCUUGGAAAUCGCUGUCUUGGCGAAAUACUGUAAAUUUGAACAUUUUGACAGCUCACUGCGAGACCGACACUGGUGCAUGUGGUGUGAGAGUGUAGAUUAAAAAAAAAAUCACGACAUGUCCCCUUGUACUUGUUUUGCUCCUCCAUCCUCCGCGUAAUAAUGUUUGUAUGAAAAUUAGGUUUUAUGCUGUGAGCAAUAGAGUGCGGUACAGAGAUUUUUUCUUGUGUUAAGUCUUUCAUUAAAACUAAUGUCAGAGUUGUAUUACUCACCC